AUGCCUCCAAUUCUGUUAUUCAUGCAGUCCAGCGAGCAGAGGGGUGUCCGUAAUGCCACGGAAAACACCACUGUUCAAGUCACGGUCGCGGAACUGGUCUCGAUGGCCAGGCGAAUUGCCGCCAACCUUCAAGAAGUGCCUACCACGAUUUAUCGACUCUUUCGGUCGGUGAUCAAAGCUCGAUCGCAUUCUUACGUGAUGUUCCAAGAAUUAGCGGCUGCUCACUCCGAUGCCGAGAUGGAAGCGAGCAAUGUCACCCACAAACACUUUAUCGACAAAUUGGAGGAGGCUUUUGAGAUUCUUGGAGGCAGAGAAUGGUUAGUCAGACAGCAAGCAGAAAACGAGAAGGCCGAAGACCUGGUAGAGGUGGAACGUGUCAUCUUUUGCAAUCCUUUCUUGCCACUAACACUGGACAAUUCGGCGCAAGAUACAAGCGAACAAGAAGACUCCCACGCCCAGCAUACAUCGAUCUCGCAGCGUCGCACGAAGAAGCAUCGUAAGGACAAGAUACGCCAGAAGAAGAAAAAAGCCAAGGCAAGUUCGGAGCCUAUCGUGGAAGAUGUCCCACUUGAGAGCUACCGCAUCAUCGAUGGUCCUGACGACCUGGUCACCGACUACUAUAUCGCUGUCACGUCAAUCGUUGACGAGUGCUACAACCUCCGCCAAUUUGUUCACAAGCACUGGUUCCACGUGAGUCACAGUGGCCUAAACAGUGCCGUCGCUGGAACCGUCUCUCGUCUGGCCGUCAGUAUGAUGAGGAGGACAGUAUCAGCGAUAUUCGUCGACUUCCCUUCUGAGAAAAACACGUAUCAGGCUGUCAUGCAAACCUUCACCAGAGGUGACUUCAAUAGGGUUUACAGCGCAAAUCCGUGUUCCAAUGCGUCUGACAAGUUUGUCGACAUGAACGAAGCUCUGUCUAUGCAUGUCUACCGCGAUUUGCAUGACUUCGUUGUCGACUACCAGAAGAACCGCAGUGGUAAGCCCACAAAAAGCAUGCAAAUAUUUCUGUCGAAGUGGGACCCAGACCUUGAUCUCUCGCAAGCUUGCAAGACAGACAGGGUCACUUGGCGUCGCAUGUUCACCAUCAAUUGGCUUUACGAUCUGGUCAACGUAUAUGUGUACAGCUUGCGCAAGUUCAAUCCCGCUGACUUCGAAGGCGUCGCUCUUGAGUCUGGACCAUGGUCAUACCAGGAUUAA